AUGAGGCCCGAGUAUGAAUGCGCAUACGACUGGACGGCCGCCCUGCCUGAGACGGACCACGUCCGCUUCUUCCGCGAUACAGACUGGUCGCGUACCAGUCUGGGACCAUUGAGCACGUGGAGUCCGACGCUGCGACUGUUUGCAAGUUAUGUUCUUUCCGAUUCACGCGGAGCCUGCCUCUGGUGGGGAGACAUCUCUAAUCUCACGGCUAUAUAUAAUGAGGCAUAUGCUCCCCUUGCCGCUGGCGUGCACCCUAAGCUUAUGGGGUCCCUUUUCCAGGAGGGCUAUCCGGAUCUAUGGCCGUCCAUUAGUCAAUACUUCAUACAGGCCAAGCGAGCAGGUACUGGCGUAAACUACAGUUCUGCCACGCCCACCGUGGUUGAGCGCAAAGGAUAUACCGAGGAAACCUUUUUCUCGGGGGGAUUUGUGCCAGUAGGCAUGCCAGGCGCCGUCGAGGGCUUCAUCAACACGACCUACGAGGUCACAAGCCAGAAACUCGCCGAACGCCGCACCAACUGUCUGAAUAUACUUGCCUCCGUCCCCUCUCAGUGUGUCGACGACGUCUACUCCCACAUUCUCACCACGCUCAAAACGAAUCCCAACGAUGUGCCAAUGGCCAUGCUCUACCGAAUGGAUGAAACUCCAGGCUCGAAUAAAUUAAGACUUCAUGGUCAUAUUGGACUUCCAGAAGGACACAGCCUCGUCGUUGAAGAAGCCACCAUUGACAGCGAGGAAGGAUUGAUCCCGGAUUUGCGACGAGCCGGUGCAGACCAGAUGAUUAUCGAGCAUGACGACCGAUUCCUGUCUAUCACCUGGGGUGGUUGGGGUGCGCCGUCCAAGAAGAUUGUCAUAUUACCUAUUAUGUGCGGCACACGCCUCUUUGGCUACCUUAUUUUUGGUACAAAUCCCUAUCGCCCGCACGAUGACAUAUGUAAACAGUUCAUUCGAGAUCUGAGUCGCAUGGUUUCGAGCAUUGUAUCGUCUGUCGUCGAUUACGAAGCCAAUAGGAAACGUCAAGAGCAGUUGGAGGCCGAUCUUGCUUUUAGCGAUCUAAAGCUACGCCAUCUGAUUGAUCAUGCGUCUGUGGGCAUGUGUCAUGUAUCCCUAGAUGGUUAUAUGCUCUGGGCCAACGAUCAUUAUUACGAGCUAGCCGGAAAAUCUGCUUCAGAUCACGCAGUUGGCCUCGCGUUUCUCGACGCCUAUCAUGAGGAUGAUCGGGCAAAGGCUGAAGACGUUUGGGAGCGUCUGAUCAAGGGCGCCGACCACGUUACAGCUGACUUGCGCAUGAAGCGCAUGUAUACGCCUCCCACGGGCGAUCCUGAACCUGCCCAACUCCAAGUUCUAGCUUUCCCAUACCGCGACGAGCAUGGAAACGUGAUCAGUGUGAUGGCUUGUACGACUGACAUCAGCAGACUGUGCUGGGCGCAGACCUUUCAGGCUCGAUUAGCCGCUGAAGCAAGAGAAGCGAAGAGACAACAAGAGGCCUUCAUCGAUGUAGUCUCGCACGAGAUGCGAAACCCAUUGAGUGCCAUCGUGCACUGCGCAGAUGCGAUUGCGAACGCGGUCGAAGAAUGUCAAUCUCAGCUCGCCAAUAUACCCGUACCAUGUCUCGAUGUCCUAAAUGACAACAUGCAAAGCGCAAACGUCAUCAUGCAAUGUGCGAACCAUCAGAAACGAAUCAUCGACGACGUACUCACUCUGAGCAAGCUCGACUCCAUGCUCUUGUCUAUAACACCUGUCGCAGUCAAGCCCGCGAAGCUCGUGGAUUCUAUCGUCAACAUCUUCCAAGCUGAGCUGAAGACGAACAAGAUAUCUUACAACAUUACACCAGACUCAUCAUUCUUGGCCCUAGGCAUCGAUCACCUUUAUCUGGACCCGUCUCGAGUGACUCAGGUAUUCAUCAACCUAUUAACAAACGCGAUCAAGUUCGUCAAGCCAUCGAAAGAGCCGACUAUCUCCAUCCGCUUCGGUGCUAGCACAUCAGAUCCCCGUGACCUCUUUCCAAAAAACAUGUUCUGGGCUACAGAGGGCAAGCAAGACGGCGACGUUACAAGCAAUCCGGAUUGGGGUACCGGCGAAGAGAUCUAUCUCGCAUUCACCGUCAAGGACUCUGGAAUUGGCUUGCAAGAGAAGGAAAUCCACAAGAUAUUUGAGCGUUUUCGACAGGCGAACGUGAAGACGCACGUGAAGUAUGGAGGCAGCGGGCUGGGGCUGUUCAUCUCUAAAGAGCUCACUGAGAAGCAAGGUGGUGAGAUCGGUGUCUCGUCAAUUCUGGGCCAGGGAUCGACAUUUGGAUUCUACGUCAAGACGCGAAGAGUGGAAUGGAAGCCCAGAACUCUCAAAGAGAUGUUUCAACAAGCUGGGCAAGAGGCAGCGGCUCGACAACUCCAUGUGCUGUUGGUGGAAGAUAACAUCAUCAACCAGCAAGUUCUCGGCAAGCAGCUCAAGAAAGCAGGAUGCUAUGUUUCAGUUGCAAACCACGGUUUAGAGGCUCUCGAAAUACUGGAAAGAGAAACGUUCGACAUCGUUUUGAUGGAUCUGGAGAUGCCGGUGCUCGAUGGGCUUGGCGCGAUGCGCGAGAUUCGGAAAAGAGAGAAAGAACAGGCGUAUUUUUCCAAACGGUUGCCCGUCAUCGCCGUCACAGCGAAUGUUCGAAAGGAACAAAUUGAUACGGCUAUUGCUGCUGGAGCAGAUCGCGUCAUGCAGAAGCCGUUCAAAGCAGCCGACUUGGUCUUCAUGAUGAAGUCGUUAAUGCCGCUUACAGCGCCCUCGUUCAUCGAACCGCCGACACCAGGACUGGGCCUCAGGUUUACGUCCAAGUAUGAGUUCGUCAAGCCGAACGAUAAGAAUGGGCUCGAUGUCAUGAACGCUGCAGCCCAGGCUGUCAUGAAAGAGUUGCCUGACCUUGUCCUUGCAUUUGGCAAUAGCGACGAAUACAGCAAGCUGACUACGACGAUUGUAUCUACUUUUACCUCUUACUAUGUGUGGUCCUGGUCUACAUACUUUCCGGAUAAGCCGCUUACACCUCCUCUACCCUCGUUUGAUGGACGUGCAGUGUGCUAUCCGAGCGACACCAAUCUUCGGGAUUACAUGAGCUGGCGCCAAGUUGACUGCCACAUCAACAACCUUUACAACACCACUUUCUGGACUCUUGUUCAGCAAGGUGGUAUGGGAGCUCGAGAAGCAGAACAAAAACUCAAGGGCACAGUGUCAUCCGACAAGAACGAGAUUCUAUUCAAGGAUUUUGGAAUCAACUACAACAAGGAGCCGGAGUGCUUCAAAAAGGGCACAAUACUAUACCGAGACUUCUUCCCUACUCCGCCAAUCGAGGAGAUAUCGUCACCCGUGCUGACAGACUUUCCCACGCCACCCAUAGCUCAACCAACACCAAAACGAGUAUCCAAUCACCGGGCGUCACAGUCUAUCGAGAGGGCUAUCCCUUAUCUGCCAGACCAAAAGGAAAUGGUGGAGUCUCCAGAGCUCUGUGAACGUCCAACCUUCCUAUCAACAACGUCGACUCCAUCGCCGCCGCCUUCACCACCUACCAUCUCGAGAUCGGCAUUUCCUAACCCACUAAGGUCCAACCCGAUCAGAUCUGAGAACAACAGCCCUAUGCCAGGUUCCUCCAUGCCGCUUUCGCCGCCAUCGACUGCAACAUGGAACAACAACUCCUCGUCGAACGGCAAGCAGCACCUACCCUCCUUGACGCCUUUGCCUCUAUCUCCGCCGAUAUUAAAGCCAAGCAGCAAGCCUCCGCUGUCAUUGAAUCAGCCAAACCCGACAACACGCACCAACUUUUCCCCAGCGACACCACAGGGCGACUUCCCCGCAGAUUUUCCCAUAGCAGGUUACCGCCACCACACAACUGCAGUAGCUAGCCAUGGAUUCUCGCACUCUGCUUCUGCUUCUUUUACAACUUCAUAUCCACCUCAGGUAAAGCCUUCUCGACUCAAACAGCGAUCGCCGAGUCAGCCUUCGCUGCCAACGUAUUUUGCAUCCUCUAGCGCACCCGCACCAAAACCGCCGUCUAUACCGUUACGUAUAUCCAGCAUUCCCGCCAACAGCAAGCCGCGCAAGCUAUCUUUACCGGUCCAUCGAUCAACUACAACACUCAAAGCCACAAGGGACAGUUCCGAUGAGAAGGAGAGUGUUUUCAGCCCCCGUGACACAACAUCGACGCCACCCCGCAAAGUAAGCCCACCGAUACAAAAGAACAAGGCUCUCCCAAGUCCUCCGAUGAGUGCAGAGGAAGAGAUGCGCACGCGAGAAAAGGUCAAAGGAAACAGUCCGCAGCAAGAAUGGAACAAGUAUGCCAUUGCCUCCACCAAUGGAACGGAGUCGCCCCAACGAAGAAUCAGCGACACAGAUAACAGAAGCGGUCACGUCUGGGGCCAAGGCAAUGUCUCCCACCCUGGCAUCGCAGAACUUCAUGCCGUUUCUACACCAACACAGUCUACGCCUACAUCAGCAUCAUUACAGUACCCCUAUUCAAGUCCGGAUAUGCAUACCCUACUAUCCUCAACAUCUACCGCAGGACCAAACUCUCAACCACACUCUAGUAGCCGACCAUCCACUAGCCGCAACAAAGACGCCAACCGUCCCAAACCCUCCAAGUCGAACUCCUCCAAUACUAAGCCGAAUAAAGGCAAACAGCCACAAUCGGAAACAGGAAGUUGGGCUGCAGCUACUACUUCUCAACAAGGCAACGAAGGCCGCCCGGUACCCAUGAGUCGUACACAGAAGGACAAAGAUAGGAAAAAGAGGAGUAAGGCGACUGUGCUGAUGGAACAUGUAGAUAUCAUCAAGGAUGAGUUUUGGGAAAAGAGACCUUGGAUCUUGAGUGGGAAGACGGGGUGA